AUGAAGGGCACCAACAACAUCAGAGGCCUCAUGGGCAAGGGCGCUCCGCCGACGCCAAUGUUCUUCUCCAUCGUCCGCGUCGUCAUCCUAGUCCUCUCACUCGCCGUCGUCGCUGCGUGCGGAUAUUGCCUGUCGCUGCUCGGCGCCUAUUCGAGUAGCUACACCGGACCGCCGGGCUUCAUGCUCUUUGUCUCUCUCUUCACCCUCCUCGUUCUAGGCGGCGCCAUGAUCGUCGAGCGCUUCGCGGCGCACCUCUACUUCCGCAUCGCAGUCCUCAUCGGCUACGGCACAAACUGCCUCUUUUGGCUGUCGGGCUGGGCGUGGUCCGCGAGCAUCGCGGCGUUGUUCUUGGGCGACACGUGCGUUCAGGGGACCUGCUUUGGUCCCACGACGGAGGAGAAGCGGUACGGAGGGAGCAUGGCUGGUGCCGCUGCCGUUGGCGCCGUGAACUGGGUUCUGAUGACGAUUGUUUUGUUCUACUACAUCAAGGGAUGUCUUUCGGAUCCGGACUGCUACGGCGUUUCGACGGGCCAUGGCUCGGAGAUGGGCAGUAUCAAGGCGGAGAGCAAGUCGCGGUCUCGCCCAUCCGUCAAUGAGCCGUGA